AUGGCGGAGCGAUUGGAGCGCGAGCGCGCGGCGCGGGCGGAGGUGGAGGCGGCGAUGGCGCGCGGACGGGACGCGCGGGACGACGCCGAGAGAAACGCGCGGGCGGCGGAGAGCGACGCGGCGCGAUGGAAAUUGGGCGAGGAGGCGGUGCGAAAGGAGUUGGUCGAGGUGAAGGCGAUGCUGCGGACGAGUGAGGAGGCGUGGCGGGGGAGAGAGCGGGAGUUGCGGGACGACGCGGCGCGGGCGGGGGCGGAGACGACGCGGGCGAGAGCCGAGCUGGAGGAGGCGAAACGGAGGAGUGAACGCGCGGAGUCGUACGCGAACGCGGUGAACGCGCGCGUGACGGCGGCGGAGCGUGAGGUGGAUGAGUUUAGCCAGGCGGUGGCGCUGAGCGCGGCGGGUGGUACGCGGACGAGAGACUUGGAGGAGAGACUGGCGCGAGAGGAAGAGCUGCGCGCGGGAUUGGAGAACGAGCUGUCGCGUCUUCGAGCGAACGACGCGGUGCGAGAGGGCGAGUUAUCCAAGCUACGCAUGCUCGUCGAUCAGAAUUCGGGACCCGAUACGGUUGAACUGCGCGCGCGGCUGGACGCCGCGGACGCGCGAGCGAGAGACUUGGUCGCGGCGCUGAAAUACGAGGAGCGCGCGAAGGAUGAGGCGAUUCGCGAGAUGUUUCGCGCUCGAGCCGCGGCAAAGGCUGCCGAGGCGCAUGCGUCGCGUUUGCGCGUGAAAACGUCGCGCAAUCAGGCACUCGCGAGUGUCAUCCAGUCCAUCGGUGAUAGUCUGUUCGACGAGUGA